AUGGGACUGGGGGACUGGCUGGGAGGGGGUGCAGGAGGAGGGAGAGACCCUCCAAGGGACUGUCUGGGCGGCCUCCUCUCUUCCCUGCCCAGGGUCUUGGGGCCUGGCUGGUGGUGUUGGGUUCCUGAGUGGCCUGGACCUCUGUUGCCAUUUCAGAUCCAGCAGACGGGGAGCCUGGACAAGGUGGUGUCCUGGGCCCACCAGUUCCCCUACGCCCACCCACUCUGGUAUGGGCAGUUCCUUGGCUUCCUGAACAUCUAUGAGCCUGACUAUGCCAAAGCUGUGUAUAGCCGAGGGGACCCUAAGGCAUUGGACUUUUAUGACUUCCUCCUUCAGUGGAUUGGGAAAGGCCUGCUGGUCCUUCAUGGGCCCAAGUGGUUCCAGCACCGCAAGCUGCUCACGCCUGGCUUCCAUUAUGAUGUACUGAAGCCUUACGUGGCCGUGUUCGCCAACUCCGCCCACACCAUGCUGGACAAGUGGGAGGAGAAGGCUUGUGAAGAUAAGAGCUUUGACAUCUUCUGUGAUGUGGGCCUCAUGGCGCUGGACACGCUCAUGAAGUGCACCUUUGGCAAAGCAGACACUGGCCUGCGUCACAGGGACAGUAGCUAUUACCAGGCGGUCAGUGAGCUCACUCUGCUGACACAGCAGCGCAUCGAGUCCUUCCAGUACCACAACGACUUCAUCUACUGGCUCACCCCCCAUGGCCGCCGCUUCCUGCGGGCCUGCCAGGUGGCCCACGACCACACAGACCAGGUCAUCAGGGAACGGAAGGCAGCCCUGCAGGAUGAGAAAGAGCAGGAGAAGAUCCGGAAGCGGAGGCACCUGGACUUCCUGGACAUUCUCCUGGGGGCUCGGGAUGAAGAUGGGAUCAAGCUGUCAGAUGCCGAGCUCCGCGCUGAGGUGGACACGUUCAUGUUUGAAGGCCAUGACACCACCACCAGUGGCAUCUCCUGGUUUCUCUAUUGCAUGGCCCUGUACCCUGAGCACCAGCAGCGUUGUCGGGAGGAGGUGCGCGAGGUCCUUGGGGACCGAGACUCCUUCCAGUGGGAUGAUCUGGGCAAGAUGACCUACUUGACCAUGUGCAUCAAGGAGAGCUUCCGCCUCUACCCGCCCGUGCCCCAGGUGUUCCGCCAGCUCAGCAAGCCCGUCAGCUUCAUGGAUGGCCGCUCCCUACCCGCAGGCAGCCUGGUCUCUCUGCACAUCUACGCCCUCCAUAGGAACAGCGCAGUGUGGCCCGACCCUGAGGUCUUUGACCCCCUGCGCUUUUCAUCUGAGAACGUGGCCAGGCACCAUCCCUUUGCCUUCAUACCCUUCUCCGCUGGGCCCAGGAACUGCAUCGGGCAGCAGUUUGCCAUGAAC